AAGAAAAAAAAAAAGGGGGAAGAAAAUGAAGCGGACCGUAAAAACUACCGUCACAUGAAUAUUCACACCCGGUGAGAAGGACGCAGCGUUCGGCGGGACGACUGCGUUUCAGCGACAGCGGGAGGCACAACGGCGAGGAUUAACGCGGAAGGACUCGAACACGAGCUGCGGCGGUUCGGAUUACCCGCUCACUGGGGGGGAAGAAAAAGGGAAAACAAGCGACGCUUCGCGGAGGUUCGUGCGCGCGGGGGACGAGGAGGAGGCGGCCGUUAGGAGGAGAAGCGCUCGCGAGUCGGCGGUUGGAAACCGGACGGAGCCGAACGGACGUGUUCGACGUUGUCGCGUGAACUUCACUGUCGAUGCCGUUUUAAAGCGUCGAGAAGGAGGAAAAAGACAAUUCAAAUCAACGCCGAGCGAACGAACGAACCCCCCCCCCGCCUCCCUCUGCUCCGUUGAGGGGGUUAAUUUCCAGCAAACAGAGCGACAUUUCUCCGGAUACCUCCGCGGAGAGGAGAUCGGGGGAGGAGGAGGAGGAGGGGGGGUCGCUUGUGCCGAUGCCAACGGCGGACUGCAGGUUGCUCCAUCAUGGCCGGAUCAUGAGGUGUCUGACUUAUCUGCUCCUACUUCCAGAAACGCUGAAAAAGUCCAAGAAGGUCGGCAAGCUCCCGGGCAAGCUGCCGGUAUGUUAUGAGAUCCUGACUCUGUCCCUGACGAGCAAGAAGAAGCAGCAGCAGCAGCAGGAGGAGGAGAAGAUGGCCGCGGAGUUGUACCCCGCCGCCGGCCCCAACAACCCCAACCUGUCCACCGGCACCACGGUGGCAGACACCGAGAAGACCAACAAGGAGGUGCAGGUGAGCCAGGCGGGCGCAGGAGGAGGCGGAGGAGACGGAGACGGAGGAGGAGGCCGCGGCAGCGCGGCGACCACCCCGACCACCCAGCAGAACAUCAACAACAACAACGUCGAGCCGCCGAGCUGGCAGUGCAGCCACCCGACGCUGCGGGAGAGGAAUGCCUUGAUGUUCAACAAUGAGCUGAUGGCGGACGUCCACUUCAUUGUCGGCCCCUUGGGGGGGUCGCAGAAGGUCCCAGCACAUAAGUAUGUGCUGGCCGUGGGAAGCUCGGUGUUCUGCGCCAUGUUUUACGGCGAUCUGGCGGAGGAGGAUUCUGAGAUCCAUAUCCCAGAUGUGGAACCGGCUGCUUUCCUAAUUCUGCUGAAGUACAUGUACAGCGACGAGAUCGACCUGGAGGCGGACACGGUGCUGGCCACCCUGUACGCCGCCAAGAAGUACAUCGUCCCCGCGCUGGCGAAGGCCUGCGUCACCUUCCUGGAGACCAGCCUGGAGGCCAAGAACGCCUGCGUGCUGCUGUCCCAGAGCCGCCUGUUCGAGGAGCCCGAGCUGACGCAGCGCUGCUGGGAGGUGAUCGACGCCCAGGCCGAGCUGGCGCUGGGCUCCGAGGGCUUCUGCGAGAUCGACCUGCAGACGCUGGAGAUCAUCCUGCGGCGGGAGACGCUCAACACCAAGGAGGUGGUGGUGUUCGAGGCCGCCAUGAACUGGGCCGCCGCCGAGUGCAAGAGGCAAUGUUUGGGCCCGACGACCCGCAACAGGAGGGAGGUGCUGGGCAAGGCGCUGUUCCUGGUGCGCAUCCCCUCCAUGACCCUGGAGGAGUUCGCCGACGGGGCGGCGCAGUGCGACAUCCUGACGCUGGAGGAGACGCACAACUUGUUCCUGUGGUACACCGCGGCCAAGAAGCCCCACCUGGACUUCCCGCUGACCGCGAGGCAGGGCCUGGCGCCGCAGAGGUGCCACCGCUUCCAGUCCUCGGCCUACCGCAGCAACCAGUGGCGCUACCGCGGCCGCUGCGACAGCAUCCAGUUCGCGGUGGACAAGCGGAUCUUUAUCGCCGGCCUGGGGCUCUACGGGUCGAGCGGCGGCAAAGCCGAGUACAGCGCCAAGAUCGAGCUGAAGCGGCAGGGCGUGACGCUGGCGCAGAACCUGACCAAGUUUGUGUCGGACGGGUCGAGCAGCACGUUCCCCGUGGGCUUCGAGCACCCGGUUCAGGUGGAGCAGGACGCCUUCUACACGGUGAGCGUGGUGCUGGACGGGAACGAACUCAGCUAUUUCGGGCAGGAGGGCAUGACGGAGGUGCAGUGUGGGAAGGUGACCUUUCAAUUCCAGUGCUCCUCCGACAGCACCAACGGGACUGGAGUCCAGGGAGGACAGAUCCCCGAGCUCGUGUUCUACGCGUGAGGCGCUCGGCUCGUCCUGGCGGCCUCCCAGCCUUCACAGUAAUGUAGCAUCAAAGACACUCGACUCAUGUCGCACUAAAUGACCCGGUUAGUUCAGUCAGACGAUUUUAAAAGCCAAGGAGCUGUCGUUUUAUCUUAUUUAAUUUAAUGGUAUUUUUUUAUUUAAAUGCUGGGUUAACGUUAUUGGCUCUGGCGGCAGAGCUGCUGUAGGAACAUUAAUACGGUGACGUGUGGUUAUGUAAUCAAGCGGAGCUCCACCACUGGAACAAGUAGGGGCCGCUUCAAGUGUGUAAUUGGAGCUUUAUAUGCAACGUUGUUAAUAAAGUGUAAGCAGCAAUAUUACACCAAGAGCAACCUUCUAUGUGGUGUUAUGAUUCUAAAUGCCAAGAAAAAAAAAAGUAGAUCUUGUUAGUUGUUUUGCACGUCAGAGGACGGUCUUUUGUAAACAAAAAAAACAAUUUAACUGUUGGCAGCUUGAUGCUGUUAAAGAUGAACACGUGUGUUCUGUACAAGAAUGCUGAUAACCUGAUGAAACAUAAAAAGGUUAUAAAGUGA